CCGGCGCGGGGGCGCAGCGAUUGGGCUCCCCCUCCCCGGCUGCGCUCUCUUAAGUACCAGCCCCGGGCGUCUGCCGAACCCCGAGCGGAGCCAAGGACCGACCUGCUGCACCCGACGCCGCGGAGACGUCAGCGACACGCAGCCCGGGCUUGGAAACAGACCGAGGGACAGACAGACGGGCCGACAGCGGCGGCGACGGAAGGACGAAGGGAGGCGCGCGCGGCGGGAGGGCACAGACUCCGCAGCGCGGUCUGGAGUCCGACCUGAAGCCUCCUGGCGACAGCGCCAUGGACGGCGUCGCCAGCGCCGCCCUGCCCCUCGACAACGCCACCCUGCCCUUCGCCACGUCCGCACUGCAGCCGGACAGCUACCAGCUGCUGCCCAAUGCCAGCAGCCCGAGCCCCGGCCCGGACUUCCCCGUGGCUCCUGCCUCCAGCGCGCGCCCCAGCCCCGGGCUCGGGCUCGGGCCGGGUCCCAGCGCCAGUUUCAGCCCCGGCCCCGCUCCUACCCCGGAGCCGACGACCAGCAGCUUCGCCAGCGGCUGGGACAGUCGGGGCUCUUCCCCGUUCCCUCGGCCCUGGGUCCCCCACGAGCCCCCGUUCUGGGACACGCCGCUGAGCCACGGGCUGAACGUGUUCGUGGGCGCCGCCCUGUGCAUCACCAUGCUGGGCCUGGGCUGCACCGUGGACGUGAACCACUUCGGGGCGCAUGUCCGGCGGCCGGUGGGCGCGCUGCUGGCCGCGCUCUGCCAGUUCGGCUUCCUGCCGCUGCUGGCCUUUCUGCUGGCGCUCAUCUUCUCGCUGGACGAGGUGGCCGCCGUGGCGGUGCUCCUAUGUGGCUGUUGUCCCGGCGGGAAUCUCUCCAAUCUCAUGUCCCUGCUGGUUGACGGCGACAUGAACCUCAGUAUCAUCAUGACCAUCUCCUCCACGCUCCUGGCCCUGGUCUUGAUGCCCCUGUGUUUGUGGAUCUACAGCAGGGCUUGGAUCAACACCCCUCUGGUGCAAUUACUACCCCUAGGAGCAGUCACCCUGACUGUCUGUAGCACUCUCAUCCCAAUUGGGUUGGGAGUCUUCAUUCGCUACAAAUACAACCGAGUGGCUGACUACAUUGUGAAGGUUUCCCUGUGGUCUCUGCUAGUGACACUGGUGGUCCUAUUCAUAAUGACCGGCACUAUGUUAGGACCUGAACUGCUGGCAAGUAUUCCUGCAGCUGUUUACGUGGUAGCAAUUUUUAUGCCUUUGGCAGGCUACGCCUCAGGCUAUGGCUUAGCUACUCUCUUCCAUCUUCCACCCAACUGCAGGAGGACUAUAUGCCUGGAAACAGGUAGUCAGAAUGUGCAGCUUUGUACUGCCAUUCUCAAGCUGGCCUUUCCGCCACGAUUCAUAGGAAGUAUGUAUAUGUUUCCCUUGCUUUAUGCCCUUUUCCAGUCUGCAGAAGCAGGGAUUUUUGUUUUAAUAUAUAAAAUGUAUGGAAGUGAAGUAUUGCACAAGCAGGAUCCUCUAGAUGAAGAUGAAGAUACAGAUAUUUCUUAUAAGAAACUCAAAGAAGAGGAAAUGGCAGACACAUCCUAUGGCACAGUGAAAGCAGAUAAUUUAAUUAUGAUGGAAACCACUCAGACUUCUCUCUAAACAUGGAGAUACGCAGAGCCUCUAUCUUGCUGAAAUACUGCAUCAUAUUUAUGGUCUGUGGUAGUGUAUAUGGUUUACAUAAAGGAUAACAAUUGGUUCACAUUAUCAUGCUUAUAACAAUUUUGAUCUUCCAUUGUAAGGUUGCCUUGGUGUAUUAACCAAGCGUUUUCACAAAUCAAUGUCAUAAUAUAACUUGCACCUGGAACUGCUUAAGUGAAGCCUGAACAAGUAAAAUGUGCUACUUGGUUUUCACCAUUGCCAGUUUCUAUGACUGUUUCAAAUAUGUAAACUGGAAAACAGGAUCUUGGAAAUGUAGAAUUUCGGUGCACUAUCUUAUGCAUAAAAAGCUAUAUUUGUAAAGCAUAAUUGAGUUUAUUGUAAUUGUUGUAAAAAAAAAAAGUGUGCUCGCUUAACUUAUGAAUGCCUGGCAAUGUUGAAUUUUGACCUGUAUUUAGAAAACUCCCCAAACAGGUCAAUUAAACAACAAAAUAUAGUAUUUUAUUGUCAAACCUGUAUCAAAUGAGAGAAACAUUAACGUA